CACUUUGAACAGUGUGACCUGCUGCCCAGGCCCACAAGUGGCUGUCCGGACGAUGACAACCUUCUAUACCUGACGGUGGCUUCAUGUGGAAACUAUCUGCUCCAGACUUACAACUCCACACACAGUUAUGAAGAAGCAUGCAGCACACUUGGUUACUGCAUGGCUAAGAUUGGUGAAGCAUACAGGCCAUAUUGUGACAACAUCAGUAACAUAACUCGUGACGCCCAGUCUAACCUCGGGUUUGCCAUGUACAUGGAAGAAGUUCUUGGCUUCAGUCCAAAAAAUUGCACGUUUGCAAGCAUGGAGGAAACCCUAUGUUAUGGAAAAUUUUAUGAGCUACAAGGCUUCUUCCCCUUGUCGAGGCAGUAUGAUUACGUGGACAGAUUUGGAGACAUGCUUGACGCUAACGAAAGAUGCUCUGUGGUGAAUAUGUUGAACAGUCACUAUAAAGAAUUCAUGAUUGAGAAAGCUGACGAAUGCCAGGCCUUUUUGGAACCCUUUUUGGAAAACCAGUUAGAAGAAAUGUGGUUGGACUAUGACAAGAAGAACUGGUCACACUGUACUGGAGAAGAAAGUCCUUGCUCUAAAUAUGGACUGGUGGCAUUCAUGAUGUGCUAUCAACAUAUUGCUGAUGGGAAAGCUGAUGGUUGCAUGUUUGAAGAAUGCUUGGCUACGAGCCCUUUGACAAGGCAGUGUAACAUCACAAAAGAAAACCUACAUGAGUCACUAGAAAUGGUGCUACCCAAACUGAAAGUACCAUCUCCUCCAAAGUGCUCAGACCAGUGUGCUUUCACUUGUACCGCCCAGUAUUUGCCAGUUUGCGGCUUUGACACUAGGACUGACAAGUAUCAUAACUAUGGAAAUGAGUGUGUCUUCAGGCUGGAAAAUUGCCAUACAGGAGGAAGACUGGAAUUUAUUCAUAAUGGGGAAUGCAGGGAAGCAGAGUGCAAUGAGGGAAUGUACAUAAGGAUGAUGGAAGACAAUUGUGUAGAAUGGCGGAACAGAGUUGUCCAGGAUCCAAACAACUGCAGGAAAUAUGAAGGUCUUCUGGGUUGUAUCAACACGAAUAUUUUUGCAGAGACGACAAUGAAAUGUCAUUUUUCGAACAUAAGUAGGGGUAUUCAGUCACGUGUCAUCGCUCAUACGGAUGUUUUACCUCACGUUUGUGACGUAGCAGUAUCGCUCAUCUCUGAAGAUGGUCAGAUAUCAAUGGUUGUUGGCAUACUGCCAAAUGGGGACGAACAUUUCCGAGUCAAAGCCCCACACUCCACGUUUUCUGACUUCAACAUAGCAUUGAUAGUGAUGCCCGCAAUUAGAAAACGUCAAACGGAUAUGGAACCGCGGGACCUCAUAGUUAUAACCAAGGAUUAUAUGAAUCAGUAUAUGGCAGUUGACAUGUUUAUGGAUGGUGAAUCUGCUCAAUUUGACAAGGAUUUCGGAGGAUAUGAUAACUUCAGCAAUCUCACAGUGGAAAGUGACAACAGCGCUGUCACAAUUACUUUCACUCGACAGAAGACUGAUCACCGCGACGUGUAUCUCCACGGUCAACAUUCGGUCGAACUAAUGAAGGUGGACAAAGCUUCAAAUGUUACAGAAUUCCUCGCCUCAGACAAUAUCUAUCUCACAGAUCGGUUCGGUGAACUAGAGGAAAUGUUCCCCACAAAUGCACAAGGCCUGUGCUCCAAUCCUUGGGUGAUGGGAGAAAUUCUGGAUGUGCUGUGUUUCAAAGAAGAUUAUAACCGUCCCAAUGCAACGAGUCAGGAUAUGUGCUUCGCGGAGUGGAGGUCCUUGGCCUGCUAUAAUAACAUCUUGAAGGGCCUGGGAGUUAACUGUACCGACGAUUCCAUCAGAGGGGUGACAGCUGACAGAGAUUUCCGCCCUCAAUAUUUCAACAAAACUGAACCAUACUGUGAGGCUGAAUUCCCAUGUGAGAUGGCAUUGUUGACCUAUGGUGAAGAGAUCGCCCACCAUUGUUUGCCCUCGGUUAUAAACCUGCUGCAUUCUCCAGUUGAGGGAAUCCUGUCCAUGCUCACUAUGGAUAAUUCUACAUUCAUGUCUUGCAACGUUUGGUCCCAGGCAUUCUGGUGUGCCUAUUCAAUACUGGAAGAGCAUAAUGUGAACAUGAUGUCAUGUGAUGAAAGCGAGAACUUCCAGCCAGCUUUUGUGACCUUAGCCCUGAUAGCCACAGAGGACAGGGAACCAGUACCCAGGAUUGGAGCUAGGCACUUUGAACAGUGUGACCUGCUGCCCAGGCCAACAAGUGGCUGUCCAGAGGAUGACAACCUUCUAUACCUGACAGUGGCUUCAUGUGGAAACUAUCUGCUCCAAACUUACAACUCCACUCACAGUUAUGAAGAAGCAUGCAGCACGCUGGGUUACUGCAUGUCUAAGAUUGGUGAAGCAUACAGGCCAUAUUGUGACAACAUUGGUAACAUAACUCGGGACGCCCAGUCUAACCUCGGGUUUGCCAUGUACAUGGAAGAAGUUCUUGGCUUCAGUCCAGAAAAUUGCACCUUUACAAAUAUGGACCAGUGUGCCUAUGCAUGCCCCACUGUGUAUGAACCCAUAUGUGGCUGGGACCACAGAGAUGGGACAUACCAUACAUACGGCAAUGAAUGCGAAUUACAGCGGGAAAACUGUACAGUUCAUGGGAGAUUACAGCCGAGAUAUGAUGGGGAAUGCAGAGUUGAAAUAGGGAUGGGUUGCGAGAUGAGUAACGAGUGUGGAACUGGUGCUGUAUGCAUGGGUGACGAAAGAAGGGAUACACGAGCUGAUCAUGGCAAUGACACUGCCGCCAACCACACCGGCAUGGUGUGUCGCUGUGACGAUGAACACUAUGACAACAAUGGAAGGAUGAUGGGAGGAUUAUGCCAAGAGAAAUCAUGUAGCAUGCUGGACCAGUACCCGGGAAGCUAUAUUCCAAACUUUGAACAGGAGCCACAGGAAAGAUGCAGGUUAUUCUUGGCUGAAGGUGUGAGGCUUUACAAGGCUAUCGGGUUCCUAGACCUGAUGUUUAUUAAACGGUGUGCUCUGGAUUCCUUCACUGCGGAUGGAGUCCCUGAAGCACGUGUACAAGAGUUUGAUUCUUGUGACACGAUGUAUUACAACAUGUAUGGUGGGGCUCUGGUGUUUGAAGAUGAAGGCUUCCCGUGGUCCGUGGAACUCCUCAACCCCGUAUCAAUUGUGUACAAACAUUACAGGAAUGUGACUGAGGCAACUGUUAUGGGAACUCUUCCACAAGGAACCUUCUUGUUAAUACAAGAGGCCAGUGAUGCUGCUCCUGGUGUGCGAUUCUCGGCCAUGAUAUUGGUACAAAAGACGAGUGAUGUUACUCCUGAGAUGAUAUCUCAAAACUUGAAUAGCCUCACCUCUAUAAGAGAGGCUACAUUUGCACGAUUUUCUGAUAAUCCGGAUAGUCCUCCACAACCACCUCCUGCUUAAAGGACAUCAACCACGUCACUAUCAUGUGAUCAUCAAAUGAAUUAAAAACUCGUUUCAAAAGACAAUUAAAUAAAUUGUUGCCAAAUACAAGCUUUUUGUGACUUUGGACAAGAUCAUUUUUUGUUUACUCACUUUAUAAUAAUCAUAGCUCAAUUUAAUCCGGUCGUUUAUUAUGUAUGUGUGUUAUAAGUCUGAUCACUCUUGAAUCUCAGUGACAAAUAACUUAUGACCUCUGUUAUCAUUAUAUUGUGAUGUGGUCAACUCUUGAUGAAUUAAUAAUUUGUGCUCAUUGAAAACCUCUUCUUUAGCAACAAAUGACCCUUAAUGCAAAAAAAAAAAUCAUAAUUAUGAUAUUUGUAGUUUUGUAGAAAAUUGCGUAACAACCAUGAUAACCACAUGGAUUGCAACACUAUCCAUGUAUGAAAUCCACUUAUUUUGCAUAAUACCAUAUAUAUCUGAAAGCAUAAAGUCAACCAUAAAGUAAUACUCAUAUAAUAAUCUUAUUUCUCUUUUAGUAUACCAGGACAAUUUUGAAAUGAUAGCUGUAUGACAUACAAUAAAUGUAAAUAACUUUACAACCAUUUUAUGGUUGAUAUCAUACUAUUUUUCUUUCUAAAGUCGCAUAUAUGGUAUUAUAUGUGAUUUUCAAAAUCUUUAUUUAGCUAUUGGAACUCUAUAAGCAUUUUAUUCGCUCAAAUUAGAAUUUGUAUUUUUUUAAUAAAACAGACCACUUCAGCUUGUCAGGUACUGCAGACCCCAGUUUCUCAAAACAUCUUAGUCCCUUAUAACAGGAUCAGACUCAGCACGCUAUUUUUGAUUGGGUAUAAAUUAUGUUAUAUUCUCUUUUGAAAGAGUUUUGUGGUUUUUAAAGUAAAUAAUACUUGAGAUAAACAAGAUAAACUACUUGUUGUUUCAUGAAAUCAUAUUUAUGUUAGUAAUUUUGUUUCAUGCAAUAAGAUACUUAUGUAAGUUACGCUAAAGAAUUUUCGAGAAAUUGGGGUGUACUAGUUUUGAAUUUUAAUACUCUCAGUACCUAUUAUUAAAUUAUAAUACUCUCAGGUACUGUUCUCUUGUAGUCAUUUUUUACAUGUAUUUUCUCACUGUAUUAUAGUGCAUAAUGUAUUUAGCCAGAGGAUUUUUUCUUACUCUUACAGCCGGACUGUUGUAACAUUCCAAUUAUUCCUACAUAUAUCUUUACAUGAAUUUAUUAUUGAUUUAUUUUCUUUCUCUUUUUUAUGUAUGAAUGAUUAUUAUGAAAAUUGUAAGUUAUCAUUGAUAUACAUUUUGUUUUGAGUAUUUGUAUUUUUCUUAUUCUUAUUUCCAAGUGCCGUUUAGUGUUAAAGUAUAAAACAUAUCAAAGAGAUUCUUUACACAUAUCAAAUAUUAUUUGCUUUUACAUUAAUAUAAGUAUUUUUCUUAUUCUUUGUUAACAACGGAAUUUCUUAUUUAGUUUUCAUCAUGAAUUUUCCUUCCUUUGGGUGAUAAAGUAAAACAUAGAAAAGUAGAGUUUAUAAUUAUAAAUGAACAUGUGCUGUGUAAUGCCUAAAUAAAAUCACUAUAUUUGA